AUGCAAGAAUCGUGUGAAAAAACCCCAGCCGGGAAUGCGUCCCAGGUGGUUGAAGUGCUGUUGGAAAAUGAUUUGGUGAGCGGGUUUAAGUCUGGUGACAAAUUAAUGGUGGUUGGGUGUUCCCGGUGUUUUUUGCCAACAAAAGGCAGCAUUUUUUUCAAUACAAUGGCAAUCGCCAACAAUGUCAUUCUACAAAAUGCAAAUUUUUCUGUACAACGGUCUGACAUCACCAUGUGUAGGAAGCUGGUCGAAAAAGAGAAAGAUUAUGUGUUUGAGUUACUGGCAAAUUCAAUAGCGCCCUCCCUCCAUGUCGACAUUCACAUUAAAAAUGCAAUAUUAUGUUUAUUGUUGGGUGGAGUUGAAAUUACGUUAAACAACAACUCCCAUAUACGUGGAGAUAUCCAUAUACUAUUAAUUGGGGAUCCGAGUGUAGCAAAAUCACAACUAUUGAGAAGCGUAUUGCGUGUUGCUCCCUUUGCAGUAUGCACUACAGGGAGAGGAUCUACGGGAGUUGGUUUAACUGCAGCCGUCACUACCAACAGAUCAACUGGUGGUCGUCAUUUAGAAGCUGGGGCUAUGGUACUUGCUGACAGAGGUAUGGUGUGUAUUGAUGAAUUUGAUAAAAUGUCAGAUAUUGACAGAGUAACUAUACAUGAAGCUAUGGAGCAAGGGCAAGUGUCUAUUUCAAAAGCUGGUAUACAUGCAAAACUCAAUGCCAGAUGCUCUGUUUUAGCCGCUGCUAACCCACUAGGUGGUUAUUAUAAUCAACGUAAAACUCCAAGGGAUAACAUAGGUAUGCAUGAUUCCUUACUAUCUCGGUUUGAUUUAAUGAUGAUCAUGUUGGAUGUACCUGAUCGUGAAAAAGAUAUUUCGUUAAGUAACCAUGGGUUCUAUUCUCGAGAUCAAUCGACAAGAAGUCGUGUGCGACUAAACUCGAAUGAUUAUGUCGUAGUCGACUGCAAAACGCUAUUCUCCAAAAGCAUUCGACUAAAAUUAGUCGCAUUCGAGAUUAUGUCGACUAGUAAUAAUCUUGUCGAGUGA